AUGUCUUCUCCCGUGUAUACCGGUCCAUCGGUCCCCGAUAUGAUUGCAAGCCAUUCUCUCGCAGAAAAUAUCAUCAAAUACCAUAAUCAUCCAGAAAGCGACUGCAUUCUGGAUGAGGACGAACUUGCGUUGUUGCGCCGAUUCGUCGAACAUCCUGAAAAUAGAGACAGCAUUCUGAAAGACGAAGGCGUUGCAACUGGAAUAGGCGAAGGGUCCCAUGGGAGUCUGGUGCAACACAUCGUUUCCAAGCAUGGCAAUGGAAAUGUGCUUACUGAGAGUGAAAUCGAGAUGUUGAGAGUAUGGUUUGCGAAGCGCGAGCUCUGAAAGGGAAGGGAAGUCAUGACCCACGUCGACAAAGGUCGAGACUGAGGCCAAUUUACAUCAAAUGGCUAGAUUUCGGCCCAAGAAAGCAAGAUGUUUAUAGUGUGAGCUGAGGGUCAAUAGAUAAUCGGCACAUGCAAGCGAUGUUUACAG